CCUCCCCGUUAUACGAGCUCCGGGCGGUCAUGUCCUCGCCAUGGGGCCGAAUGAAGUGCAUCGGGGGCUGCCUGCCUCCGUUCCUCGCCGCCGUCCUCUUCGACGUGCUCGGCUUGACCCUGCUCUUCGUGGGCAUCUUCGGCGACGUGCGCGUCGGCGGCCGCUUCUACGGAGACUUCUUGAUCUACACCGGCGCCCUGGUGCUCUUCACCAGCCUGGCCUUCUGGUUCAUCUGGUACGUGGGCAACGUCCGGGUGGCGGAGGACGACGGCGGCUGGGUGGGCAAGAGGAGCGGCGGCGCGGCCGGAAGCGUCGCGCGCCUGGCGAGGAAGCUCACGGAGCGGCUGAGCCACAAGAUGACCGCGGAGGCCCCCGUGAAAUGCGUGGAGGAUGAGGAGGAGCACCAGGUGGGCGCACCUGCGCGCGAGGCCGGCCGGGUGACGUGGGGCCGAUCCACGGCGUACCACAACGACGGCUACGAGGAGUCGGUGGACUCCUUGUCCGUGGAAAACCCGGUAGAGACGGACCCAGAAGAAAAGGCUCCGAUCUGAACCUCCACCUGAUGGGUAGCUUCACGUUUCAUGUCCCGAACAAUGCAUUUAUUGUUAUGUCAUGCACAGCCAAAGCUAAAGAGAUGUUCAUAACCCGUCCACAUUUAGACCGGACACCAACAAGGUGUUAUUCUUUUAAAGAUAACACUUUAUAUCUCACAGGUCAAUACGUUUCCUUUGAUACUGAUAAAGAAAAGAAAGAGUAUAUCGAGACGCGUUAACUACAUUAACUUAUGAAUCAAUACCAACAUGUAAAGUCUUAAUUACGUUGAAUUAUAACCAACUUUCAUGGUUCUUUCCAAGAAACUUUUGAAAUUGUGACGCUGGAGAGAAAAAAAAGAACUCUAUUUUAUUUCACGAUAUUUUUUGUAUAUUUUAUUUCCAACAUCGAGGUCCAAAUGAUAUUUCAAAGAUUUCUUUACACUGUUAUGCUAAGCUGGAUUGAAGUGUUUAAAAAACCCCAAUUAUAUACAGUAUAUAUAUAUAUAUAUAUAUACACACUGAAGCGCAUAAUACAUGUAGAUGUUGCAGAACUGGUUGGACCAUUUCAUUCAGGUCUUAUUUUGAAAGGGUUCAAAUCCAGAUUCAGAACCUCAUUAUGUCUCCUUAUGUUGGACUGAUUAACGUUAACAAGUUCUCUAAAAGCCGGCCGGAGCACGUCGGCGGUGCUCGGUGUCCUUAUUCAAUAAAACCACAAUGCCGAGUUCCCUUUAAGUGGUACGAAGAACUCCACUUGAUACGCAUCAUGUGAGAAAAGAUGGCGGCUGUAUGGGGCUGUAAAUGUCACCUCAGCCGGCCAAUCACAGGUCAGCAUUACAGUGAUGAAACCCACACAAAUAGUCCAUUUGUUUCUAUAU